GAACAUUGGCAAACACCGGUGUACAGUCGAGUCGAACAGUGCACAAAGAACGUGACUCACAAGGCUACCUGCUUUGAAGGCGCUGGAAGGCGGUCUCAUCUCCUCUACACGUCCUGCUUCAAUCUGCCCAUCUUGCUUUCGACUUCCUUUCCCUCACCAGCCACCAUGUCGGUCAGGAGCAAGCCACGACACUACGAUUGGGCGAUUUCUGCCUCUAGAAGAUCUCACUCGGCAAUAUCUUCUCCUUUGGCAAAUCUGCGAAGCAGAACGGUCAAUUUGCUAGAUAGCAUCACUGGAGGUGCCGCGGAUGAACAGGAGGAAGCCUUGGCUAGGAGGAGGGCCGACGAGAUCAAAGCUUUUACGUGCAGAGGUUGUGGUAUUCCUUAUGCCGGAGCUGAAGCUCUCUCUGCGCAUCUGACUUUGUUUCCGGACCACACCAAGACAGAUGGCAAGGCGUUUCAACGCAUGCCAAGUCGAACACGCUCUGUGCCACUCAUUGCAGCCAAUGAACUCCGAGGACUGGUGGAGGUUGGUUCACCUACUCGACUAGAGGAUCCAUCUGCCGCGACCGUCCUGCCAGCUUCGCCAACUUCGGCUGGUUUCAACCAUCGAAGCCUGCAUUUUGACGAUUCAAGCGUGAAUCAAUUGGGGUCGCCUACAACACCGCAUUCACCACCUAGCAGUGCAGCGCCGAUUCUUGGCCUUGGACCAGAAGAAAGCAGAGCUACUGUUGCUGGGAAGGCGAGCGCCUCAAAAUACGCGCCACUUGGUAGUCCGACCAAGCCGAGAGUCGACAGCUCGAGCGCCAGCAAGAGUGGGGAAGCUAUAGAGGAUUCCAAGGCGCGCGUCGCAAGGCAGAGGGGAGGUAGCGAAAGUUCUGCUGGCGUGAUGUUCGCGAGCAGGAACAAGGACACUGCACCUCUGAGGUCGCACAGUCUUUUUGGAGAGGAAGAUGAAGAGGAUGUGGACAAGGCAAGCGGAGCCAGGCCUGCGUCCGGCUCUCCGAAACGCAGUCCUUUCAGCCGGUACCGUGCUUUGCCAGGUACCGACAAGGACCGAAAUGCCACUCUAGCCAAGAGCGAUCCUUCUUCAUCGCCUUCCGACUCGCCGCCAAUCCCCGCUCGAGGGUUUAGCGAGUCAUCAGCAAGCAAGCGACCCCAGACUUUGCGCAACCUUUCUUCCUGGCGAACCUUUGGUAGCAAGAACGUCAAAGCGGUGGCCGAGACGUCUGGCGACCUACGAACGUCAUACAAGGGCGCGCAGCGAGACGUCAAAGACCUAGAAAUCCUGCAUGAUAAGUCACCCUUUGAAGAUGAGAAUCUAACCUCGGUCACGUCGAGUGUUAGACCAGGGCCAGAGCUUGAGCGCCAAACGAGCUCAAAUUCAGGCUCUGGAAGACCACCUCCACCUCCAGUGCCUAACCGUGAUCAAGUCAAGUCUCGUCCAGCACCACCGCCUCCUCCACCUCUACCUCCAGCGCCUCGGCGCAGGAGCACCAACCCUUUCCUGCGCGAGGAUGCUCUCGCUCAGCUUCAGCUACGAGACGAGAACGUGGCAGCGGUAGAUUCCCCAGAUGAAGGUGACAUCGAGCGCCCCUUCGUAUCGUCCCGUUCGAGAAAUGCGAGCGAGAGCAGCGAGGGCUAUGUUCCCAAAUCUCCAAGCAAUCCUUUUGCAAGGUCUCGCCAACACUCUUCCAUGAACGGCCAGUGAAAAGCUCCCUUUGUCUCUCGUGGCAGAGUCUUGAUCAUCUUCUCGAAGCGUGCGCACACGUCACCUUAUCGACCCGCACGUUGGGAGCAUACGUACAGCGGUCUUCCUCGGAGAUCCGUCGACUGAAAUACAGAGGUCCAUCAACUCAGGCACACCUACGAAAGCCUUGAAAGAUGUACUCCAAGUGAAAUUUGUCUCUGACACAGGUUCCACCUUGCACUUCUAUUCCAUCGUGCGCCAUU